AUGCAAGAAGACUCAGCACCUCACAGCUUCAAGACUGUACCACUGCUACCUGACAGUAGGACUGGAAAAUCGGAACAACCUCCACUGCGGUCUUCGGCACAUCUGCUUGCCGGCGCGAGCGGAGGGUUGGCCACUGCCAUUCUAACUUCUCCACUUGAUGUUUUGAGAACGCGACUUCAAUCCGAUUACUACCACCUCUCCCGUCCCAUCCAAGCAAUCUACCCUCCGUUCAAGCCUGCAUCCACUCAUAUCCUCGGCGCCUCGUUACACCACCUUCGCGAGACUAUCCAGAUCGUCAAUUCCAUCCACUAUACUGAAGGCUGGCGCGGCUUCUUUCGCGGUCUUGGGCCAAGUCUAGCAGGCGUGGUUCCUGCUACCGCCAUCAAGUUUUACGUGUAUGGUAACUGCAAACGGCUUGGAGCACAUAUGCUGAACUGUGGGGAGGAUGCGGCAACAGUUCAUGCACAAGCUGCUGUUGCAGCGGGUAUCGCGACUGCGACUGCGACAAAUCCUAUUUGGCUCGUCAAAACAAGGCUGCAGCUCGAUAAAUCGCGGACGCAAGCUGGUGUUACGGCUCGACGGUAUAAGAACAGCCUCGACUGUAUCCGACAGGUUCUGCGACAGGAGGGUAUUAGAGGACUAUAUCGGGGCUUGAGUGCAAGCUAUCUGGGCACAGUUGAGACGGCGUUGCACCUAGUCCUUUAUGAGAGACUCAAACUAUUAUAUAGUAGAGCUCUAAGGGGAAUCGAUACGCGGAAUAGCACAACUUGGGAUGAACUCACAAGUUGGAUUAGCACUAGUGGAGCUGCGGGAUCAGCGAAGCUAGCUGCAGUUUUGAUCACCUACCCUCACGAGGUAGUUAGGACAAGACUACGACAAGCGCUAAAGAAGAAUAGGCUUCCGAAGUACGUUGGCCUCUUGCAAUGUUUCUGGUUAAUUAGUAGACAGAAAGGUUUAGCAGGCCUGUACGGCGGCCUAACACCGCACAUUGUGCGAGCUAUUCCAUCAUCAGUAAUCACUCUGGGGGUGUACGAGUUUGUGUUGAGGUUGGUUGGAUCAUGA